CUACCCCAAGCCCUGCAACAUGUCUCAAACUCCUAGAAGACCCAAGCGCACUCGCUCUCCUGGCCUUGACUCGUCGCCGCCUCAACAAGCGACACCGCGACGUGAAUCACUGUCAUCUUCUUUGCCCCCUUCAUCUCCCCCUGCCCCCUUCUCGGAUACAGAUGACAGCUUGGAUGAAAGAGAUGCAGUACGUGACAUUGACGAAGGCGAUGAGGAUGCCGACGGCGAAGAUCUGUUUGGCGAGACUGUUGAAGAAGAUUAUGCCGUAAAUGAGGGUUUGGAUCGCUACUCAGAGCAAGACAUUGAUGACGAAGGAGAAUACGGAGCAUUGUCGGCUGAUGCCCGCCGAGCUGCCGAAGCACAGAUGACCCGUCGCGAUCGCCUGGAGCGAACAGGCCGACGAGGUGGUCGAGCCUCUAGACGAAGUCGUGCACCGCGCUUCUUAGAAAGCGAUGACAUGCAGGACGAAGAUGCGCUGGAUGAUGAACUUGGCGUUGCCAGAAUGAAACGUCGCACCAGACGACAGUAUGACGAACGACGAGACAUCGACGACUUGGAUGGCAUAGAAGAUGAAAUACCUCUCGAACAACUUAGUGACAUAAAAGCGAAGUCCAUCGCAGAAUGGAUUGCCGACGAACGUGUCCGCCGAUCUAUCGUCAAACACUUCAGGCAGUUCCUGAUGACCUAUGUUGACUCUGGAGGCGCUUCAGUCUAUGGACAACGCAUUCGUAAUCUCGGUGAAACCAACUCCGAGUCUCUCGAAGUGUCUUAUCUUCAUCUCGCUCUGUCAAAACCCAUUCUUGCAUAUUUCUUGACCAACUCACCUUCAGCCAUGCUCUCAAUCUUUGAUGAGGUUGCUCUAAACGCUAUUCUCGUGUAUUACCCUUCCUAUGAGCGCAUUCACUCUGAAGUCCAUGUUCGAAUCUCCGACCUUCCGCUUAGCUCUUCCCUUCGAGACCUUCGCCGCUCCAACUUGAACACGCUCGUCCGUGUUUCGGGUGUAGUAACGCGCCGAAGUGGAGUAUUCCCCCAGCUCAAAUAUGUCAAAUUUGAUUGUCGAAAAUGUGGAGCUGUCCUAGGGCCAUUCUACCAAGAUGCCACCAAAGAGGUCAAGAUCAGCUACUGUGCUAAUUGUGAAAGCAAGGGGCCGUUCCCAGUCAACUCUGAGCAGACUGUCUACCGAAACUAUCAGAAGAUGACUUUGCAGGAAUCCCCUGGCUCCGUGCCCCCGGGUCGUUUGCCGCGGCACAGAGAGGUCAUCCUUCUGUGGGACCUUAUUGACAAUGCCAAACCUGGAGAAGAAAUCGAAGUCACUGGCAUUUACAGAAACAACUUUGACGCGUCGCUGAACUCCAAGAAUGGUUUCCCAGUGUUUUCCACGGUCCUCGAGGCCAACCACGUCAAUAAGAAGGAAGACUUAUUUGCUGCCUUCCGACUGACUGAAGAGGACGAGAAAGAGAUCCGCACCCUUGCUCGCGAUGAGCGCGUCCGGAAGCGCAUAAUAAAGUCCAUUGCUCCGUCGAUCUACGGGCACGAGGAUAUCAAGACUGCGAUCGCGCUUUCGUUGUUUGGAGGUGUCUCGAAGGAUAUUAACCGCAAGCACAGGAUCCGCGGGGACAUCAACGUCUUGUUGCUCGGUGAUCCCGGCACAGCAAAGUCGCAGUUCCUUAAGUACGCUGAGAAGACGGCUCACCGCUCCGUUUUCGCCACCGGCCAGGGUGCCUCGGCUGUGGGUCUGACAGCCAGCGUUCGCAAGGACCCAAUCACGCGUGAGUGGACCCUCGAGGGAGGGGCGCUUGUGCUUGCGGAUAAAGGGACCUGCCUCAUCGAUGAGUUCGACAAGAUGAACGACGCCGACCGGACGUCCAUCCACGAGGCCAUGGAGCAGCAGUCUAUCUCUAUCUCGAAGGCCGGCAUUGUCACGACGCUGCAGGCCCGCUGUGCGAUCAUCGCCGCGGCGAACCCUGUCCGCGGGAGAUACAACCCAACCAUACCCUUCCAGCAAAAUGUGGAGCUUACGGAACCCAUCCUCUCCCGUUUCGACGUUCUGUGCGUUGUCAAAGACGCCGUCGACCCGGUACAAGAUGAGCUCCUCGCGCGCUUCGUUGUCGGCAGUCACCUCCGAAGCCAUCCCAAGUUCGAGCCCGAGACUGAGGAGAUGAGCGUCGGCACGACGCUUGAUGCCGACAUUAUCUCCCAGGAUGUCCUUCGCAAGUACAUCAUGUACGCUCGCGAAAAGAUACGACCGAAGCUGUACGACAUCGACAAGGACAAAAUUGCCUCGCUUUUCGCGGACCUACGUCGCGAGUCUAUGGCCACCGGCUCGUAUCCGAUCACUGUUCGUCAUCUUGAGAGUGUCAUCCGCAUGGCCGAGGCUAGCGCGAAGAUGGCAUUGCGCGAAUAUGUCAGAGCAGACGACAUCGACGUCGCCAUUUCUGUUGUAGUUGGGAGCUUCGUCAGUACGCAGAAGCUGUCUAUCAAGAAAACGCUCGAGAGGGGAUUCCGCAAGUAUCUCACCCAAGCACGCGACUAUGAAGAGCUUCUAGCGUUCAUUCUUGGACAACUCAUCAAGGACAAAGUUCGGUUCUUCCAGCUACAACGCAGUGACCAACCUGAAAUGGUGACCGUGAAGGUUUCUGAGCUUGACGAACGGGCCAAGGAGCACGAUAUCUACGAUACAUCCAGCUUCCUCCAGUCCAAGCUGUUCGCUAAUAACGGAUACAAGCUCAGGAAUGGUGCCAUCGAAAAGAAAUUCUGAAAAAUGUACCAUUAAUGAUAGUCUUGUACUUGUUCGUCUUGUUUUUUUUCUUUGCUUUCCCGACGAUGUAUCACUUAUGCUAAAAUGCAAUAUGAUGAGUGGUGG